UCUAGUUCUUCCUGGCUUUCAUGCCCUUCUUGGCCUCACGUACAAACCUGCCCCCAGGCUUCUCCCAGGCUACCUGGCCUCGCACUCAUUUCUGUUUAUUCCUUCUGCAGGAGGGUCCCGGGGCGGGCAGCACCGCCUGAACCAGGCCUUGACCUCGCGAUCUGACGCAGCGCCUGUCCGUGACUGCGUCCCUGGGGCGCUGCCCAGGUGCUCGGGAUGCACAUAGGACGGCUCUCCCUCCUACCUUGUCAUCCAACUGUCUAAUCCGGGGGCAUCUUCCCUCCUCCACGACAGGGAGGCUGCUUCCCAGAUGCGAUCCCCGCGCACCCGUGAAUCCCGGCGCCGGGCACCUGGAGCGCCGUGAGGUUAGCGGAGCCUGUUCUUCGGCAACAAGAGCUCAAGAAACAUCCUACAAGCUUUUUGCUUUUUUAGUCUAUUUUAAAGCAAAAACGAGUGGAAAGCUAUAUGUGCUCAGUUAACUAUGUCUAGAUGUAAGCCUUUUUCACAAAAGCACAAAGAUGGAGGCCUCCCUCCGAGGAUGCCUGGGAUCCUCCUCUUUCCAGGGGCCGCAGCGACCCCCCUGCGGCUCUGGCUUCCACUAAGGGAUCCGCGGGGAAGACCAGCUCCACACACUGCAUUUGAUUGAUGAUUUAUUUUUAUUAACGCCGUCACAGAAGCGCCUUAGCGUAGUCCCUGUUCUCACCGGUCCUAGCGUCGACCCCGCAGUAACCGCGAGGGUGGGAAGCUGGGGGCGGAUGCAGGGAAAAGGGGGCGGGGCCCCUGUGGGCGGGGCCCGGGAAAUUCCCCGGAGCUGGAGGGGAGCGGCGCGCGGUCAGCUGAGUGGCUCUGGGCGGGGUCGCGAGGCCGCACGUCAGCCCCAGGCUCCCCGAGCCCCGCUGUCCCCGCCGCCCCGCAGCAGGUGCCCUGGUCAUCAUCACAACCCGGUCCGGAGCCCUCUCCCGGCGGCAUGAUGCCGAGGAAACAGUGACCCUGAGCGAGGCCGAGCCGGGUGGCAGGAAGUUCUGCAAUGUCCCAUCAACCUCUCAGCUGCCUCACUGAGAAGGGGGCCAGCCCCAGUGAAAGCACAGGAAAUGGACCCCCCCAUCUGGCCCACCCAAACCUGGACACGUUCACCCCGGAGGAGCUGCUGCAACAGAUGAAGGAGCUCCUUACCGAGAACCACCAGCUGAAAGAAGCCAUGAAGCUAAAUAAUCAAGCCAUGAAAGGGCGAUUUGAGGAGCUUUCAGCCUGGACAGAGAAACAGAAAGAAGAACGCCAGUUUUUUGAGACACAGAGCAAAGAAGCCAAAGAGCGUCUCAUGGCCUUGAGUCAAGAGAAUGAGAAACUGAAGGAAGAGCUUGGGAAACUAAAAGGGAAAUCAGAAAGGUCAUCUGGGGAACCCAAUGGUGACUCCAUGCUUCCCACAGCAGAAGCAGAGCAGGAAAAGGAGCAGCUCAGAACCCAGGUGGUGCGGCUACAGGCAGAGAAGGCAGACCUGUUGGGCAUCGUGUCUGAAUUGCAGCUCAAGCUGAACUCCAGCGGCUCCUCCGAAGACUCCUUCAUUGAAAUUAGGAUGGCUGAAGGAGAAGCAGAAGGGUCAGUGAAAGAAAUCAAGCAUAGUCCUGGGCCCACAAGAACAGUCUCCAUUGGCAUGAGCAGAUCUGCAGAGGGGGCCAAGAAUUACUUGGAACAUGAGGAGUUAACUGUGAGGCAGCUCCUGCUGUGCCUAAGGGAAGGGAACCAGAAGGUGGAGAGACUUGAAAUUGCACUCAAGGAGGCCAAAGAAAGAAUUUCAGAUUUUGAAAAGAAAGCGAGUAAUCGUUCUGAGGUUGAAACCCAGACAGAUGGGAGCACAGAGAAAGAGAAUGAGGAAGAGAAAGGCGCAGAGACUGUUGGAAGUGAAGUAGAGGCACUGAACCUUCAGGUGACAUCCCUGUUUAAGGAGCUUCAAGAGGCUCAUACAAAACUCAGUGAAGCUGAACUAAUGAAGAAGAGACUUCAAGAAAAGUGUCAAGCUCUGGAAAGGAAAAAUUCUGCAACUCCAUCAGAAUUGAAUGAAAAGCAAGAGCUUGUUUAUCAUAACAAAAAGUUAGAGCUGCAAGUGGAAAGCAUGCUAUCAGAAAUCAAAAUGGAGCAGGCUAAAACAGAGGAAGAAAAGUCCAAAUUAGCCAUGCUACAAUUGACACACAACAAGCUCCUUCAAGAACACAAUAAGGCAUUGAAAACAAUUGAGGAACUAACAAGAAAAGAGUCAGAAACAGUGGACAGGUCAGUGCUGAAGGAACUGAGUGAAAAACUGGAACUGGCAGAGAAGGCUCUGGCUUCCAAACAGCUUCAAAUGGAUGAGAUGAAGCAAACAAUUGCAAAGCAGGAGGAGGACCUGGAAACCAUGAGCAUCCUCAGGGCUCAGAUGGAAGUUUACUGUUCUGAUUUUCAUGCUGAAAGAGCAGCGAGAGAGAAAAUUCAUGAGGAAAAGGAGCAACUGGCAUUGCAGCUGGCAGUUCUGCUGAAAGAGAAUGAUGUUUUUGAAGAUGGAGGCAGCAGGCAGUCCUUGAUGGAGAUGCAGAGCCGUCAUGGGGCGAGAACAAGUGAUGCUGACCAGCAGGCUUACCUCGUUCAGAGAGGAGCUGAGGACCGGGACUGGCGGCAACAGCGGAAUAUUCCAAUUCAUUCCUGCCCCAAAUGUGGAGAGGUUCUGCCUGACAUAGACACAUUACAGAUUCAUGUGAUGGAUUGUAUCAUUUAAGUGUUGAUGUGUCACCUCCCAAAACUGUUGGUAAAUGUCAGAUUUUUUUCCUCCAA